UCUCUACAUAAAAACGAGCCCAAUUUUGCAAGAAAUCUGACAGAUUUCCCGCGUACAUCGUUGCGCGUGUAAACAAUUUUCCGUAGUGAAUUCUAGAAGUGUUAUUUUCAGAAUUCUAUUGAUGUCAGUGCAAAAUGAAUGUAAUAAAUGCUGUUGAACGACGGGAGAGAGGAUUCGGAAUAACAUAUAAUUAUGACAUCGCUCUUUAUCGCCUGAAAUGUUAUUACAACGAUGUGUAUCGUGGAAUAGCUUCGAACGCAAAUGUGACUGAUUUGAAUCAGGGCCCGCCGGUGUUUGCGUGCCGUUUCUGCACCACACCGGGAUAUGAGGAGAUUCUCACCUUGGCGAACGAGGAGGGAAAGGUUGCCUUCCAAGACACCAGAGUCAGGGAUAAACACAACCUUCCGUUGACAGGAACGCAGGCACACUUUAACGCGAUUUUCGAUAUCGCCUGGAUGCCUGGAGAAAUGAAGUUUGUCACGGCGUCGGGAGAUCACUCGGCGCGCCUAUGGGACGUCGCUAGGCUUGAGAUAAAACAAAUUAAUUCUUUUAUCGCACAUACGAGAAGCGUAAAAACAGCGGUGUUCCGUGACAAUGAUAAAGCUGUCUUUGCGACGGGCGCUAGAGACGGCUUCAUUAUGAUAUGGGACAUCAGAGCAAGUCACAGUAAUCAACCGAAGCCAGAUAACUGUAUCGCCAAUGCGCACGGUUGCAUGGGCAGCACGAGACGGAAGUCAUGCUCACGGUCGUAUGCUCAAACAUCGCGAAUGCAAAGUAUUACCGGUUUAGUGUUCCAAGAUGACUUUACAUUAAUCUCGUGCGCUGCUGGCGACGGUUUAUUGAAAGUGUGGGACUUGCGCAAGAAUUACACCGUCCACAAGAAAGAGCCGAUAGCCAAGCAUUUAAUGAAUUAUUCUGGGAAUAGUACCAGAAACGGCUUCUCCUCCUUGUUAAUAUGCCCUGCUAGAAUUACGUUAUACGCAAGUUGCAUGGAUAACGUCAUAUACGCUUAUAACGUAUCGUCAUAUAAUUGUAAACCGGUGGCGGAAUAUUAUGGGCAUCAAAAUCGUACGUACUACGUGAAAACCUGUUUGAGUUCUGACGGUCGCUAUCUCGCCAGUGGAUCUAGCGAUGAACUCGCGUACAUUUGGAACACCAACCGACCGGGCGCACCGCUAGUUAAACUUUCCAGUCACACGGAAGAGGUGACUUGCAUUGCGUGGUGCAAUGUGGGAGAAACGAAGAUAGUGACUUGCUCCGACGAUUCUUGUCACAAAAUAUGGAGGGUCGGAUUCGAAGACGAAGAGGAUAACAAAGACUUGAUAAUACACGGUCGGGCUGAAAUUGUAGAAACAUAUUGUCCAGAAAAAAUGAAAAUAGAAACUACUCCAAGUUCUCGAUACUCGAAUAUCCGUCAAGAAACUACGCCAAGCUCGAGCGAAGACAAGGCACCUAUCCCUGUCCUGGUUACUCCCAAGUUCAGUAAAGAAGAUUAUGAUGAAAUAAAGCACAAUUCUGCUAAACGUAGUUUCCCGCAAAUGAUGAUGGGGUCAAGAUCUGAGGGAAAAUUUAACUGUAUUUUAUCACCCAUUGAUGAAAACAAUGAGAUAGUUACGAAACGAGCUCGUAUAGAUAAUCGUAGUAUACGAAGGCUAUUUAGUUCAAGUAACGAGACUACUACUGCAACUAGAGACUACAACUCGGACGAACCCAGUACGAGCCAAUCCACGAGCAGGAAUGAAGGUUUUUCUUCACCUACAAGUAACUUACCAAAUUACGCGUUGGAUGGUACAGCACCACACUUGCUUGAGAUAUCACCGCAAAAGUGUAAAGAGAACAUGAGCGAUGAUUGGUUAACAAAACUGAGAAAGAAUUACAAGCAAAAGAAACUUGCGUCAACUUCGAGCAGUCCGAAGAUUCAAUCGAUACCUAGCCGAAGAUAUAACAGGUCGCGAUCGACAGAACCCCAAAAAGUCACAAAAACAAUCAAGAAUAGUUCUCUCUGUUUACUGGACUUUAAGUUUAGUAAAGAGAAUAAAAAGGAUGGACCUUCGAAUAAUAAUAAUUUACCACCAACGAGUAAAUCUUGAAAAUAGUCAACAUAAAAUAUAUUUGGUUUCGAAUUUGAAUUUAGAAUUCGCGAAUUAUGAGAAUUUCACGAAUUCAAUCGUAAAACUUUUUUCGACUUUUAUCGCACAAUAAAAGCGAAGAAUUGUAAAGGCCCGGUUAUUAAACUAAUAUUAAACUUAUUCACGAUAUAACAGAUUUUCUUUCGGACGAUAGAAAUUUAGCAACAA